AUGUGGAGCUAUGCACAAGGCCUUCCUGGCCUAUGCCAUGGUUUUAUGAUUUGGAUGUUCCUCGGCGCCAGAGCGCGGUCGUUCAGGCCCACGCACCUCGAACAGAGCCAGCCUGUAUCCCAGGCCUCGCUCAUCCUCCCCAUCCUAUCGAGCGCGUUACCAACGCCGAAGCGACGAAUCACCUGUCACGUCCGCAGGCUGCGCGUGCAUGGUAUCAUUACUGGCAGCUCAAAUACCUGGCACGCCCCCAUGGGAGUUACGUGGAGUCCCGCAUUCCUGGAAGAGGGUGUCAUCCUGUUUCCGGACAACAGGACACAAAUACGUCUUAGAUUCUGGGCUGCCUGCGACCUCUUCUUCACGAACAUGCGCCACUUGCUGGAGCUCGCGAUUAGGAGAGGCAUGAAGUUCAUCAUAGCCAUUCCAUUCGAAGCACUUCCACGCUUUCAUCAACAGGAAAAGCCCAGUCUUGCCGACCUCACAAAACGCACCUAUGACACUGGUUUUCAAGAGACGCCUCUCACAUACAGCAAAGGCGGCUCUGCCUUCAUGGAUCAGUACUUAGGCAAACUGGCGGACAUUCUUCGUCGGCCACACGCACGAGCAGUUAUUUCUAUGGGAGGCCCUACAAGUUGGAUUGCGCGUUUCUACAGUGGUGACAGACUAGUAGAGGAAUUCAUGAGCGGACCUUCGUCCCAGGUCACUACCCACCACAGGGGCCAUGUCACAACCUCCACAUUCUUGAACAUGCCUGUCUUCCAUGAUCAGCUCUCUCACCAAGAGAUCAAGUUAAUCCACGGCUACAUUCCCCUUGGGAGUCCCAGUGAAGAUCGUUGGGCCUUUCCGAUGAGCGAAAUACUGGAGGAGUACUCCAGCCACUGGCGGGUCAGGAGCCCUAUCCCCGCUUACCAGACGUGA